AUGGGCGGCAGGUGGGCGGCGAGGGCGCGCGCCCGGUCGGGGUCGAGCGGCGCCAGCGCCUUGACCAGUCGCGCGCGGCCGCGCUCGUCGGCGGGGUCGCCGGCCGCGAGCGCCUCCAGCGCCGCCGCCGCGUCGCGGGCCGCGCCGGCGCGCGCGUGCACCGACGCCGCGGCGCGCCACACCUCGCGCAGCGCCGCGCCCGCCUGCCGGCCGCACAGUGAGCGCCCCUGGCCGGACAAGAGGCCCGCGCCGGCCCGGGCUCGACUGGUACCGCGUUUCGUU